AUGCCAUUUCCACCACCCGAGGUUCAACUUUUGCCACCAGUUCGUCCGCCAAUGAGCGAGAAAGCCAUCGCUGGUACCGAGAGAUUGAUAAUGCUGCACGAGCAGGAGCAAGCCCGUCUCGAGAGGAAACGCAAAGCCGAGGAAGCUCGAAUCGCGAAAGAGCACGAAGCACAGGAUAAGCGGAUGAAAAAGGAAAUGGAGAGGCAGGAGGCAAUGCGGAGAAAGAAAGAGGAUCAAGAGAGGAAAGAGUCGGAGAAAGUUCACAGGGAGAAGCAAAAGGAGCUUGAAAGGCUGGCUCGGGAGAAAGCUCGCGAAGAGGAGCGCCUCCAGAGGCAGCACAAGAAAGAGUAUGAGCGCAUGGAAAAGCUAUUGCAGAAAGAAAACCAGCGAGUUGCAAAGCUUCGUCAAAAGGAAGAGAUGAGACGAGAGAAAGAGGCCACGAAGCUGAGGGCUGCUUACGAGCGAGCCACAGCGAAAAAACUUGCCAAACUUUCAACGGGGCUUAUCGAUGACGAGCAGCUGGAGCUGAUGCAAAUGGGAGCUUUUGUGCAAGGACUUAUCUCCGGCUCUGAAUUUGAUCCAAACAAGAUUGAAUUGCCGAUGUUUCCUCCUGCUUCUGUCCGCAUGAAACCACCUAUUGGAGUUCCUCCCUGGAAUGACUCAAAUCACAACGUUGCUAACCUCUUCAUGGUGUGGAGAAUGCUCACUAACUUCGCAGACGUGAUUGGUCUGUGGCCAUUCACUCUGGAUGAGUUUGUACAGGCGCUACAUGACUAUGAUUCGAGACUCUUGGGAGAAAUACACAUUGCUUUGCUGAAAACUCUGGUGAAAGACGUCAAAGACGCGUCACAGGCAGCUGCGAUUGGAAGUAACCAAGCACUGGCAGUCGCAUCGGGAGGACAUCCGGAACUUGUCGAAGCAGCGUAUGCAUGGGGCUUUGAUAUCCAAGAGUGGGGACAGCACGUAAAUGCUCUAACUUGGCCAGAGAUUUUAAGGCAGUUUGCUCUAGCCUCCGGCUAUGGUCCCAGAUGGAAGAAGAAAAUUACCGAGACAGCUCCUAGCACACCAGUAGCGGAAGGAAAAAAUGCCGAGGACGCAGUUGCCAACUUACGUUCCGGUGCCGCAGCUGCCAAUGCUGUCACUCAAAUGCGAGGAAGAAACUCCAGCCGUGUUCGAAAGCAGCAGCAGCAACAUAAGCCUGUUCUCACUCCAGGCACAGUGAAAUUCGCUGCGUUCCAAGUUCUCUCGGUCGAAGGGAGCAAAGGCCUCACUAUCUUGGAAGUGGUCGACCGUGUCCAGAAAGCUGGCCUACGCGACUUAUCGACGAGUAAGACACCAGAGGCAUCGAUCUCGGCUGUCCUCUCCCGAGACACAAAACUGUUCGAGCGCGUAGCACCCUCCACGUACUGCGUGCGCCCCGUGUUUAGAAAAAGCCCGGAGGAAGCCGAGGCCGUGCUCCAGGCCGCUCGCGAGAAGAUUCGCCAGUGCGAGAGCCGGCUCUCGGACGCCGAGCCGGAGCCUCUCGAGGAGGAUAUCAUCGAAGAGGCCGAGGAAAGGGAGGAAGAGGAAGAGUGUGACGAGCAAGAUAUCGAAGAGACCGAAGAACGAGAAGUUAAAAACGAGACUGCCACCACGACCAUUAGCACGAUCGAAACCACCGUUACCACCACCACCACCAACAAUAGUCCUUCGAGUAGUGGAAAAGUGAUACUGCGGCUCAAAGUUGGGAAGCUAACGCCAAGCUCGGAUGCUCCAGCGGUAGAAAGCGGGCAGAAGGAGGAGUGUGUAAAGGCCGAGCCGGAGCGGCUUCACAGUAGCUUAGAUAUGAAUGUGGAGAGCGUAGAAGGGCUGGCACAGGAAAGCAGCGAUGGCAUGGAGAUAGAUGAGAGUCAGGUUGGUGAAGUUUGGGUGCAAGGACUCAUGGAAGGCGAGUACACGGAUUUGAGCGUCGAGGAGAGGCUGUGUGGAUUGGUUGCUCUCGUGGAUGCUGUCAACCAAGGGAGCACUGUUCGCUCGGCCAUAGAGGAGCGAUACGAGGCUGCGUCGGCUCUCAAGAGACAGCUCUGGGAGGAAGUCCAGAUCGAUAAGCGUCGGCUAAAAGAAGAAUGCAGCAAAGCCGAGGCUGCAAAGGUCGACGAGACGAAUCUGCAACAACAGCAAGUGGAUGAGAAACCACUGCUGCAAGCUCUGGAGAAUGGAUCACAGGAGGCUCAGGAGCAGCAGCUGGAUGGAGAUGAAGAUGGCAGCUCCAAUCCUGCGCAAGCCUUGAGCGAAGAUCCAAACGAGAGGCAGCAAAAGUGUGCUUCGCAGCACUCGGACAGGUCCCGGGCCGAUAUGAAAGCCGAUAUCAGGUUGCGAGCGGAGAAACUCUACGUUAUUCGGUCGCUUCCUCUAGGUUUGGACCGGAGGCACAACCGGUACUGGCAGUUCGUCACUAGUAGUAGCGGACACGACCCUGGGUGUAAAAGGAUCUACUUUGAAUCGCAUGAAGAUGGCCACUGGGAAGUCAUCGACACCGAAGAGGCUUUGAAUGCGCUGAUGAACUCUCUGGACAUAAGAGGCACGAGAGAAGCAAAUCUCUUCGUAGCUCUCAAGGAGCUUGAAGGCUCGCUAAGGCAAGCCAUGAGCAGCUCUAGCACCAAGCAGAACCAAGACCACCACCAAAGUCACCACACCGGAAAUGGAAAUGGAGCUGGAGUUCAAGCUGGAGCUGCGAGUGGAAAUGGAAAUGGAAACGACUCUUGCGAGGGGAGUCCAUCUUCCAGCGCCGUGGUUGGAAAUGGCGGCAAAGACUCGACGAGCUCCGACGCUCGGGUAGGAUCGCUUAAAGUCGAGCUCGGAAGAUCAGCGUCGGAGAACUCCGGUGCCAUGGAACGAUACAAAGACAUGGAAAGGUGGCUGUGGAGGCACUGCAGCGUCAAGGCGCUGCAAAGAGGUGGCGAGAAGCGACGAGAGAGCGAGAGCGAUGGGAUGAUCGCCGAGUGUGAGUCGUGCCAUGACUUGCGCUGGGCCGUCGACAAGCACUGCCCGUUUUGCCACUCCACCGGCGAGGAAGAUGUCUGGAGUGAUUUCUCGCAGCACGUCCGCGACUGCGAGCAAAAGAUGAUCAGCAGGGAUCCCGCCUGGAGAAUCCAAGGUGGUGUUCUUCCUCCGCGAAUACAGUUGCUCAAGAAACUGCUGUUUCUAGUCGAGAUUUGUAUUCCUUGCGAGGCACUUAAGCCUGCAUGGUCGACAAAUUCUUACAGAAAGGCGUGGUGUCAAAGGCUCAAGGUUGCUUCUUCGGCAGGAGAAAUUCUCCAGGCAUUCAUGGAUCUGGAGGGAGCAAUCGACGAGGACUGGAUCUCUUCCUCGUACGAGUCGAUCGAGCAAGUUGGCAGACUCAUCGGCAUUCAGAGAAAAAAUCCCCCCUGGAUCCCGCAGACCUCCGCUGCUGUUGCUCUUCGACUGAUGGUCUUUGACUCUUCGAUCGCCUACACCGAAGAACAAAAGCAGCAGCUCAUGGACAGGCAACGAAGAGUUCCAAUGAGAAGAUCGAAAGGAGAGGCCCGCGAAGUUUUAUACGAGGCUGGUAGUGCUAGGCCGGCAGAAGGAGAGGAAGACAAAGAGACCAAGGAGGCAGAGUUUAAUUCUCAAGAGGAGGAGCUACCACCACAGUUUUACGAGAGGAGUGGUGGUGACUUUGGAGCUCAUCCAUCUUGGAGCGCUCGGCAAGAGAGCGCCGCCGUUCUACUGGAAGAGGAAGAAGAAGAUGAUGAAGACGAAGAUAAGAGGCUGGCAAUGAAAGCUAGUGGCGAGAGUGACGAUAGCUCGCAGAUGAACUGGGAAGGCCAGGAUUCUUUCGAGGAGCUCGAGCAGCCAGGCCAUGGAAGCCUCCAUCAUCUGGAAGAGCUGGAGAUGGAGGAGGAAGAGGAUGGAUUGAUGUUGGAAGAGGAGGAGGAGCUGAGUGACGAGGAAGAGGAGAGCGAGGAGGAAGAGUUCCAGCAGCAAGCGUCGAGCAGUGAUACGGACGAAGAGCAAAACAAGCACGACAACUUGGUGGUGGCCAAGAACUUGAUCAACAUCAAUGCGAGCUUGGAAGAAAGCGGUGAUGAUCUUCAUACUGCUGCUGCUGCUAGCAAGAUCAAUGGCGGUUCCAGCGAGAGAGUUGUAAACUGCGGCUUGACAAGCGAGUUAGAGUUUGAGCGGGGGACGUAUGAGGAGUGAGUGGAAGUUUUACUUUCUCCCAUACAGCGAAGGUGUCUCUCUUCUCGUCGUACAGUUUGAUUUGUGAAUUCAACCCUGACUUUUGUAUGUAAUUUCUUCUAGGAAAAAAGGUUUCUUUAUUC